AAACACCUUCUUGGACUUUCUUUGUGUUUGCCACCGGACUGCUGAGUUCAUGCUCUCAGACCUUAAACAGUUGGAAGUGAAGCAAAAAUUAGUUCGAGGUUGAUCUGACGUAAAUCCAAAUUUGUCUUGAUGCACGCGCGCUCUCUCAACUGCCGGCUGUCGGAACGCGCACCCAGACGCACUUGUGAACUGCUGAGGCUCACUCAGAGCGGCUCACCGCACGCGUCCCGCCUGGAGAGAGUUAUUGUUGGUGAUUAGUAUCGCUGCAGAAUGGUGAAACGGUGGAGAAUAAAGAGCCGCACAAAGAUGUCGCCGCCUCUGCUGCUGCUGCUGCUACUGAUUGUCACUUUCUUCUAUAUCACAAACGCAGCUAAUCCUAUUGACCUCAUAAAGACACUAGAGCUUUCGGAGGACAUGGAGGGCGUGUCACUGGAGGCAGGGCUGUGCACCAGCAGGACGGGCCGAGCAGAGACCGACCUUUCCUUUAAGAUCAACAAGAAGAUUCAGCUGAGCGCGCCCACCAAGCAACUCUUUCCAGACUUGCCAUUUCCUGUGGAUUUCUCACUCAUGACGACGGUUAAAGCUGUGAAAGGAUCACAAGUCUUUCUUCUCUCCCUGUAUGACACACAGGGCACACAGCAGCUGGGUUUGGAGCUCGCUCGUUCUCCUGUUUUUCUGUAUGAGGAUCACGAAGGUCAGCCAACUCCUGAACUUUACCCCACCUUCAGAAAAAUCAACUUGGCUGAUGGCAAGUGGCACAGAAUUGCCUACAGUGUGGAGGGCCAGUCAGUGACUCUAUACUUAGACUGUGAAAAGGUGGAGACUCUGGACCUGCUCAGAGGUCCGGAUCCCCACGUCAGCACUGAUGGAGUCACUGUGUUUGGAACCCGCCUGCUGGACGAGGAGGUGUUUGAGGGACAAAUCCAGCAACUUCUUCUUGUGGAUGAUCCUCGUGCAGCAGAGACCUACUGCAGAGACUACAUCCCAGACUGCGACACACCCUUACUCUAUGACAGCAUUGUCAUAGAGACUGAAGAGGAAGAGGGAACACCAAAGAAACGCGUAGCAGAAGAAUUCGACUACAGUGUCUUCUAUGAUGAUAUCUCAGUGUCCACCGUGACAGCUGGUCCUAACGUCACAGAGUACGAGUUCAUAGAGUACGAAGACUAUGACAAUACAACAAACUAUUACCAUGCCAACGAGUACGAGGAGUACGACGAAGAGUACAACGAACGCUACGGACCUGCGCAGAGAGAACGGGAGUACCUGCUGAACACACAGAAUUUACCAGAAAAAGGACAGAAAGGAGAGCCUGGCUAUUUGGGGCUGGGAACCCAGAUUACAGGACCAUAUGGACCUCCAGGACCUGAGGGAGCACCGGGGCCUCCAGGAAUCACUGGACCAGUGGGACCUCGAGGAGACCCUGGAGAGCUGGGUCCUCCAGGGCGGCCGGGCCUUAGUGGUGCUGAUGGGAUCCCAGGUCCCCCAGGAAACAUAAUGCUCAUACCGUUCCAGUCGGGUGGCGAUCCGAGGACAGGAGCUGUUGUUUCUGCACAGGAGGCUCAGGCUCAGGCCAUCCUGCAACAGACAAAGCUGGCCAUGAAGGGCCCUCCUGGCCCACUGGGUCUCAGAGGCAGACCCGGACCACUGGGAGCAUCGGGGCCUCCAGGGCUGAAAGGGAGCAGCGGUGAAAUGGGACCACCUGGUCCUGCAGGACUAUCGGGUAUUCCAGGUCAGAAUGGAAGACCUGGAAAACGGGGUCGGGGAGGUUCAGACGGGGGCCGCGGUGCGAUAGGAGAAACUGGAGCAAAGGGAGAUCGGGGCUUUGAUGGCUUGCCUGGCCUCCCAGGAAAUAAAGGACACAAGGGAGACAGGGGGAAGCCAGGACCCCUAGGUCCUCCAGGAGAGCUGGGAGAAAAGGGCUCUCAGGGGCCACCAGGGCCAAGAGGUCAACCGGGUGAUGCUGGUCCCAGAGGUCUGACUGGCCCUAGAGGUCGUCCUGGAAACUCAGGCUUGAUGGGCAUUCGUGGAACUGAUGGGGUCCAAGGCUCAAAAGGCAACAUAGGACCACCAGGAGAAAUUGGAGCACCCGGUCAGCAAGGCAACCCUGGAAUUGUUGGAUUUCCUGGCCCUCAGGGGCUGGUAGGACUACCAGGAGAGAAGGGACCUCAAGGGAAGAAAGGGAUGCAGGGCUUACCUGGAAAUGACGGGCCUCCAGGUCAUCCUGGAAGAGAAGGGACUCCAGGUGAAAAGGGAUUGCCAGGUCCUUCCGGCGUGCAGGGACCUGUAGGAUACCCCGGACAACGGGGAGUUAAGGGUGCAGAUGGAAUCAGAGGGCUGAAGGGAAGCAAAGGAGAGAAGGGAGAAGAUGGUUUUCCUGGGGCAAAAGGGGAGAUGGGAGCAAAGGGGGAUGUUGGAGAUAAUGGACCUCCAGGGUCUCGAGGUGAAGAUGGACCUGAAGGUCCCAAAGGUCAGUUGGGUCCUCAUGGAGAGGCCGGGACGGCUGGCAUUUCUGGAGAGAAGGGGAAACUGGGGGUUCCAGGUUUACCUGGGUAUCCAGGACGACAGGGCCCCAAGGGUUCUGAUGGCUUUCCUGGUGCGCAGGGGGCUCCUGGAGAGAAAGGGAAGAAAGGUCCUGCAGGACAAGCAGGAAGUGGAGGCCAAAGAGGUCCAAACGGUGCCCGAGGAGGCAGGGGGGUGAGAGGUCCUACAGGGAAACCAGGAGAAAAGGGAGCCUCAGGACAUGACGGGCCCCCAGGAUCUCCCGGAGAGAGGGGACCUUCAGGGCCACAAGGAAGGAAUGGAGAACUGGGACCUAAAGGCUCAAGCGGUCCAGCUGGGAAGGAUGGACUUCCGGGUCAUCCGGGUCAAAGAGGAGAACCAGGCUUUCAAGGAAAAACGGGUCCCCCAGGGCCUUCAGGUGUGGUCGGACCGCAGGGGAAAUCAGGGGAACCAGGACCAACAGGAGACCGCGGUCACCCGGGAGCACCAGGGGUACCCGGAGAGCACGGUUUACCUGGGGUUGCUGGGAAAGAGGGCGGAAAGGGGGACCCUGGUUUACCGGGGACAUCAGGGAAGAACGGUCCAACUGGACUGAAGGGGUUCAGAGGGAGCAGAGGAGCUACUGGAAUUAUGGGACCCCCGGGUCUGAAAGGAGCAACAGGCCCCGGUGGAUCCGCCGGAUCUCUGGGGCCAUCAGGAGAACGGGGCCCUCCAGGACCAGCUGGGGCAAUCGGACAGCCUGGUCGUGCCGGAGCAGUUGGAGGACCGGGACCAAUGGGAGAGAAGGGGGAGCCUGGAGAGAAGGGCCCUAUUGGACCUGCGGGUAAGGACGGGGAUCAGGGUCUGGUAGGAAUGCCCGGAGCAACAGGAGCUGCAGGACCUUCGGGGGAUGAUGGGGAUAAGGGGGAGCAGGGAGGACCUGGACAGAAAGGCAGCAAAGGAGACAAGGGGGAAGCGGGUCCCCCGGGUCCUACUGGCACCCAGGGGCCAGUUGGUCAGCCAGGUCUUCCAGGUGUAGAUGGACUGUCUGGCCCUCGAGGGCAGCAGGGUAUGUACGGUCCCAAAGGAGACGAGGGGCCCCGUGGUUUCAAGGGCUCCAGAGGGCCGAGAGGAUUACAGGGUAUGCCUGGCUUACCUGGAGAAAAGGGAGAGAGUGGACAUGUUGGUCUGAUGGGUCCACCUGGACUACAAGGCCCCAAUGGUGCUCAAGGACCUAUGGGAGGACUGGGACAAACCGGCAGACCUGGGAUGAUUGGACAGCCGGGUGUUGUGGGGGAAAAGGGAGAGGAUGGAGAAGCGGGUGACCCUGGACCCGUCGGUAUUCCAGGAAGGCUAGGUGACAAAGGAGACCAAGGUGAAAAGGGAGAUACGGGCCCUCCAGGAGCCGCCGGUCCCCCGGGGGCCAGGGGCAUUCCAGGAGAGGAUGGAGCAAAGGGCAAUGCUGGUCCUAUAGGUCUGACUGGUGACCUUGGUCAGCAGGGAGAGGCAGGACCCAACGGUGUAGACGGCCUCCUCGGAUCUAAAGGAGACACCGGAGAACCUGGUAAAUCUGGACCCCCAGGGCCGACGGGGGAGCCUGGACCACCGGGGCCUCCUGGACGAAGGGGACACUUGGGAAAAUCAGGGAAGGAAGGCAAAGAAGGUCUGAAAGGAACAAAGGGGGCCCUUGGACUGGAGGGUCCCAUUGGAAAGACCGGACCCAGAGGUUCUCAAGGGCAUCCAGGAAAAAAUGGUCCACAGGGCCUGAGAGGAAUCCCUGGGCCAGCAGGUGAGCAGGGUUUAAAUGGGCCACCGGGUCAAACUGGACUUCCAGGUCCCAUGGGUCCACCAGGUUUACCCGGCCUCAAGGGAGAUCAUGGCAGGAAGGGAGACAAGGGUCAUGGUGGACUAAUCGGACUCAUAGGACCUCCAGGAGACAUCGGAGAGAAAGGUGACAGAGGACUACCAGGAAACCAAGGCCUUCAAGGUCCAAAAGGAGAUGAGGGUCCAGUCGGCCCAGCAGGCCUACCUGGACCUCCUGGUCCCACAGGACUGUCUGGUGCUAUUGGUCAAAAAGGCUCCAAAGGGAACCAGGGUCCGAUAGGUCCCAGAGGAGACACUGGCCCUGUGGGGCCUCCAGGAUCACCUGGACGGGCCGCUGUUGGUUUUUCGCCUCUUCCAGAGCGAGGAAGAAGAAGAAGAACUCACCCUGUGGUGGAUGGUGCUGCAGUGGAGGAUGAGGAGGAGACCAUGGACAGAGGAGAGGACGACGGUUGGGUGCAAAGCGACCAGGCCACACUGGAUGGUUUGGUGAAAGAUAAUGAGACUCAGGACAUGGAAGAAGUGUUUGCUUCAAUUUCAUCUAUGAAAGUUGAGGUGGAGGGUCUGCGUAACCCAAUGGGGACUUACCACAGCCCAGCACGCACCUGCAAGGAGCUUUGGCUCCUCCAUCCAGAGCUCCCCAGUGGGGAGUAUUGGAUAGACCCCAACCAGGGCUGCCACAGAGAUGCCUUCAAAGCUUUCUGUAACUUUACUGCACAGGGAGAAACAUGUUUGUACCCAGACAAAAAGUUCCAGUCGGUGAAAUUAGCAGCAUGGAAAGGGGAAAAACCUAACACCUGGUACAGUAAAUUCAGGAAAGGCAAACAGUUCUCCUACACAGGGUCAGAUGGUUUCUCGAUAGACAUUGUUCAGCUGACCUUCCUGAAGCUUCUCAGUGCCACAGCAAAGCAGACGUUCACCUAUCACUGCCUCAACUCUGCCGCCUGGCUACACGUGGCCACCUACAGUCAUGAACAUGCACUGCGCUUCAGAGGCAGCAACGGGGAGGAGCUGACUCACGAGAACGCACAUUACAUCAGUCCGCUAUACGACGGCUGUCAAGUACGCUCAGGACAGGAGAGGACGGUUUUGGAAAUUGAGGCACCGACGUCCCAGACUCUCCCCAUAAUCGACAUAGCUGUGUCCGAUUUCGGCAAUGGGAACCAAAAAUUUGGUUUCCAAGUUGGCCCGGUUUGCUUCAAUGGUUAACAAUCUCAGGAAGGCAUAAGAACGGGAUUAAUUUAAUAGAAAGGAGCCUUGGACACUUUUUUACAUGCAGGGAGAACAAAACUUUCAAGAUCACAUAUUUAAUUUGUACAGUAAACAAUGUUUCAUGGCUCAAACUACCACUCUUGCUCAAAUGUUCAUUCAGUUUGUAUGUUACAGGUUCAUUGUAGUUGUAUGCUAAUGGCUCACUGUGGACUCACAUGCUGUUACAAAGAGAAGGACACCUUUGUUGAUGUCCUCACGGUUUUUUCUCUUCUUCUUUUCUUCUUCAACACGUGUACUCUGCUCUGUUUUCUCUGCUUCUGUUUCAGUAAUGACUUUUAACAAAACAAAUUAGUUUUGUCACACACAUCUAUCUCCAGUCACCUGUAAGGGAAUCAGGGUGGAGGAAUUAAUAUUCUUAAACCUGACAGAUGCAGAUCAUCCAGCAUAAUCUAAUGAAAUAACUGAAACUGUCAGUAUUCAUAAAUAGGUCCAUAUUAGUUUAUUGUGUUCAUCGCAAUUAUCUGAUUGAGAAAUCAUAAAGAAGAAGCUGACUUUUAAUUAGUGGCACAGAAUAAUUCUGGCUACUGGAAUCGGGUUUGAUGAUCAUUCUUAGUGUUCCUAAGUACCACCAGGAAGGAGUAACAUCUUUCAUUUGUGUGGAUCCUGUUACUGAGGAAAAACACUCAUUGUUAUUUUAACCAUUUAAUCAGUUUGAGGUUUACAAUAAAGUCAAAGGACGAACAGUGAUAUUAUAAGCUAUUCAAAAGGAAAAUAGUUUGCUAUUAAUUUAGGCUGCAGUAGAAUGAUGAACACAUAGCAACAAACCUGAUCUUUUUUAUUCUUUACUGCCUGCAACCACUGAAAGUCUGAAUCCAACAAAGAAAAUAGACUUUAACCUACAUUCAAAUUCUCUUAACACUGCUACAAAUAUUCACCACUCUACUUUCUUAGUGAUGAAAAACAUAGAUGUUUUAACAACUUUUCCAAGGACAUCAAUAAGAGUUAGUGUGUUUUAUAAAGAUGUAUUUCAAUACAAUUCAAAUCUCAUAUUUGUGAGUGUGUACACUUUCAGAUAUUUUUUUGUCAUCAAACCUCAAUUUUUUGUUUUCUUUUGUUCUUUGUUUUGUUGUACUUGUGUGGUUGUGAUUAUGAGUUAAACACAUUGCAUUGAUGAGCCACAACAUUAAAACCACUUUCAAAAUGAAUAAUACAAACAUUGAUUCAUAAUUAAUCAAUGUUUUAUCUUUGAGAAUAUCUCCUAUCUUAAACUAUCUGUAUUAAUCCUGUUUGAUAUCAAACAGGAUUAAUGUUUGAUAUCAAACAGGAUUAAUACAGUAUGUUUUCAUUAUCAGAAUUGAAGUCUGAACUAAAAGUGAACUAAAUUCAACUUCAGCUCCAUGUUGUUAGUUCAUCACAGGUCUGCAGUGUUAGCUAUUAAGUAACAGACUAGUCAUUCAUUUUCUUAAAUUUACAAGUAUACCUUCUCUAAAACAGUUUAGAUGUUUUUCACCUUUUAUAAUAAUUACUGUGAAAGACACUACAAAAUACAACUUCUUGUUUAUCUCUGUGAUGUCACCUGUUCUGUGCUCUGUUCAGAAAUCCUUAGAUAAUUGCUUAUACGAGGAAAAUAAUAGUCAAUUUCACGACCAAAAAAUGCUGAGUUUUCAAUGUUACAAAACAAGUCCUACAACUCACUCAAUCACAAUAUAGAAAAAUGAAAAAUCCACUCAACACCAUUCAUAAACUAAGUCACAGGAAACCCUGACAUAAAUCUUUUGUGAGUUUAUUUAAGACUGUAACUUCAGGUGUUGAGUAAGAUAUAUCUGUAGAAAUAAAAGAUGUAUUUUCAAAUCAUAACAGCUUCCUCCAGUAACUAACCUCAUAUUGCUGCAGCAGCUACGGAAAAAAAUGUCUGUCACUGUCUAAAGCAGUGUUUCUCAACCUUUUUUGGGCCAGCGCCCCCC